AUGAAGAUAAUUCUUGUUCAUGGUGGCGGCCAUGGUGCCUGGUGUUGGUAUAAGGUGGUGGCCAUGGUGAGGUCUCAGGGGUCAGUCACAGCCGUCGAUCUUGCAGCCAGCGGCUCCGAUCCACGAAGAAUACCUGAAGAUGUAUCCAGCUUUGAUGAGUAUAGCCAACCCCUGAUGGAUUUGAUGGCUUCAGUGGCUGAAGGAGAAAAGGUAGUAUUAGUUGGGCACAGCUUUGGUGGAAUAAGCUUAGCUACAGCAAUGGAAGCCUUCCCUGAGAAGAUUGCAGUUGCUGUUUUUGUCUCAGCUUUGUUGCCAGAUAUUGUUCAUCCACCUUUUUAUAUACUUGAACAGCAUUUUGAGCAAUUACCAGAUAAAUACACUGACAUGCAAACGAAGAGCAUUGCAAUUCCUGGAAGAUCUGAGCCGUUCAUUAUUUCGAUUUUACAGCCUAAACUCCUGGCUAGCAGCCUUUACCAAAAUUGCUCCUUUGAGAUCAAAUCAAGAGAGAAAAAAAGGCUGAGUAACCAGAUUGAAAUGAAGAUAAUUCUAGUUCAUGGCGGCGGCCAUGGUGCCUGGUGCUGGUAUAAGGUGGUGGCCAUGUUGAGGUCACAGGGAUACUCAGUCACAGCCGUCGAUCUUGCAGCCUGCGGCUCUGAUCCACGAAGAAUUCCUGAAGACGUAUCCAACUUUGAUGAGUAUAGCCAGCCUCUGAUGGAUUUGAUGGCUUCGGUGGGCGAAGGAGAAAAGGUAGUAUUAGUUGGGCAUAGCUUUGGUGGAUUAAACUUAGCUGCUGCAAUGGAUGCCUUCCCUGAGAAGAUCGCUGUUGCUGUUUUUGUCGCUGCUGUAUUGCCAGAUACUGUUCAUUCACCUUGGUAUAUAUUUGAAAAGCAAAACUUUGAGGAAUUACUAGAUAAAUACACUGACGGCGUUGAAGUAAAGAGCGUUGUAAUUCCAGGAAGAUCUGAGCCGUUUAUUAUCUUCACUCUGCUUCCUACACUCCUUGCCAGCGCUUUUUACCAGAACUGCUCCAUUGAGGAUUUGACAUUGGGGAAUAUGAUGGUGAGGCCUGUAUCAAUAUUUAAAGAAGAUUUGAAGAAUAGAGCGGCAUUCACCAAGGAGAGAUAUGGAUCUGUUGAUAAAGUUUUUAUCGUAUGUGGAGAAGAUGCUAUGGUGACAUUAGAUUUUCAGCGUUGGAUGAUACAGAACAGUCCCGUGAAAGAGGUGAUGGAAAUCAAGGAAGCAGAUCAUAUGGCAAUGCUUUCAAAGCCCGAAGAGCUAUGCCAAUGCCUCACAACAAUUGUUAGCAAGUAUGUUUGGUGAUUAUAACUAUAGUGUUUCCGACCGACCGAUUAAAAUAUUAUCCCUUUUCAGCAUUUUGUGU